AACAAGCAUCCAAUUUGCCACAGCGGAAAGGCUCUCCUUUCUACAAGGCACGAUCUCCCUGCACACUAGAAAAUGUUUCAGCUGUACAGAAGUGACAUCGAUUCCAGCACCACCAGCACAUCCAGUUCUCCUCGAAGAAGCACCAGCGGGACCCCAAAGAGCAGCCCUCCCUUCUCCACCAGCAAUUUAAACCAGACCUUGGAUGAGUUGCUGGCUGGGGUUUUAGUCCAGGAGAAAGAUAUAUCAAAGCCCAAGCUGAAGCGAUCCAUCCUCAGCGGCCUGCCAGCCAUCCCAGUGGACCUGGAUGUGAGUGACGGAGAGACAAGUUUGUCAGACAGCAGCUCGGACUCACCCGUAUGUGUGGACCUGCCACAGCAACCCGAAGUGUACCAGCACACCGUCAGCAACGUCAGGGCUGAGCUUUCUUGGACAGGCCCGCGCAGCGGUGAGUUGGUUUCCUUCUAUGAGCUACAACUACAGGAGGCCAAACAGACUGGGCAAGACAAGAGCAUUAAGUGGUUUUGUUCGCAGAUAGAAGAACAUUUGGAGAACCUCACCCCUGGCACCGAAUACCUGUUCCGCGUGCGAGCUCUCAAUGUGGCUGGGGCUGGGAAGUGGAGCAAACCUUAUAAAUUUGCCACUAUGCCAGCUGUGAAAGGCCUGGCCCUGGAUCCAUCUCCCGUUAUCGCUGUUGUGCGACGGCACACGAAGCCCCAGAAGAAAACUAUCUUCCUUCCUGCUUCCUGAGG